AUGACCCCCCCAGUCGACAUUCAAUACCACAACCACAACAACAACCCGGCCCCCCCUGUCCCAGCCUCCGGUAUCUGGGUCCCCACCAUAACCCUCUUCGACCCCAAACUCGACACCGUCGACCUCCAGGCCCAAGCUAAGUACUUCCGCUAUCUCUCCUCCCCAAAAAUCGGUCUCGCGGGGUUUUUAGUCCUCGGCACCAACGCCGAGACCUUCCUCCUCACUCGCCAGGAACGUUACGACCUGCUCUACUGCGCCCGCACCUCCGUCCCCCCUGGGUUUCCCAUCAUGGCGGGCGUGUCGGGCCACAGCACGGCGCAAGUGCAGGGUUAUAUUGCCGAUGCCGUUGAGGCCGGAGCGGAUUACGUGCUUGUGCUACCGCCAGGGUAUUUUGGACCGAAGGGACCACGGGGAGGGGAAGAAAUGAUCGAGAAUUUUUUUGAUGACAUUGCGAAGUUUUCAAAGUUGCCGGUGCUGAUAGAGAAUUUCCCGGCGGUGUGUAAUGGGAUCGAUCUCAGCAGUGAGCUGAUAAUCAAACUGGCGAAUCGGCACAAGGGCAAGAUUGUGGGGACCAACUUGAUGUGCGGGAGCGUGGGGAAGAUUACGCGGUUGGCGAAGGAGUUCAGCCCCUGGAAAAAGGAGUUUGCGAUUUUUAGGGGGCAGAGUGACUACUUGAUUGGCGGGUUGGCGGCGGGUUCGAGCGGGUGUAUUGCGGCUUUUGCGAAUGUGUUGCCUUGGGCGACGGUGCUGAACUAUAACGACUGGGUGACGGGGGAGGAGAAGAAUAUUCAGAAAGACAGGGAGGCCGCACUGCGGAGGAGUGGCAUCCUGGCUAAGGUGGAGGAACUUCUUAAGGCUGAUGGGAUUGCCGCGGUCAAGUUUGCUGCUAGCUUGUAUACGGGGUGGAGGGCAGGUGUGGUCAAGGGGGAUGGAAAGUAUCCUUUGUCGAGGAACGGUUAUAAGGGUAUGGAGCUGUUUAAGCCGAGGAAGCCGUAUCCGGAUAUCAGCCUGGAGACAAAGCAGAAGAUUUGGGUGGCGGUUAACUGGGCGUUUGGGAUGGAGAGGGAUCCUAUUGCGGAUGGGGAUUUGUUGGACCGAGAAAAGGCUGAGAAGAUCCGAAGGUCGUGA